AUGUCCGCGCCGUCCUCUCCCGCGUCUUCGCGUGGAGGCUCGCCAGCUCCGAUGCUAACGCCUCGCUCAAAAAUCAGAGCUCUCCUCGCCACCGUCGACAGCAGUGACGAAGAUGGUGGCGCUCCUACACAAUUACAAAAGGCUGCCCGGCCCUCGGUCCGGUCCGCCCUGACACAGCUCGACGACGACGACGAGAGCGAGUCCGAUGUCGAGGUCCGCCCCCGAGGCAGACUCGCGGCCCGUAUGCAGACCGAUGGCACAUCCCCCAACGAAAAGAGGCCAGAAAACGCGCGCGAACGCGUAAAAAAAAUGAUGGAACGCGAGGCGGGUCAGCAAGAGACACAAGAGGAGGAAGACGGCGACGAGCUGCCCGUAGUUUCUCGCCGUCUGCAGCGUCGUCAGGCUCGCGAAACCACACCAGAACAAGAGCCCGCCCAAUCAACUAGACGAAACCCUUCUAGCCCUGGUCUCUUUGUCUCGUCACCAGUCGGUCCCUCCCCAUCCCGCAGCGUGCACCACAACGACCCUGAUUCCGACAGCGACGAUUUACCCACCCUCAAGUCGGACCGGUUCAGGAUCCUCGUCGAGAAGAAGCGUGAGGAGCGCCUGGCCCGCGAAGCCAAGGAGGAAGCCGAGCGAGCCGAGCGCCGCGCGCGUCAGGAGAAGCUGUCCUCGGAACUCGACGCACUCGACUCCAAUGACGACGACGUUUCCGACAUUGGUGAUGAUGAGGGCGGCCAUGCGUUGACGCAAAGGCUGGCCCGACCAUCCCGCAAGGCCAGCAAAAAGGCCAUCGAUGAGAUGAACCGCGAGACGCAGCGCAUGGCUCGAAGCAUGCAGCUGGCCCACGAGGCCAAGACGCGAAAGAAGAUCACGAAGAGCGCCCUAUUUGAGAGGUUCAACUUCCGACUGAACGGCCUGACGGCCGAGCCUGUCGCUCAACCUGCCAGCUCCAGCCGCCCUACUACGCCUCAAUCCGAUGUCGAAAUGGCAGAUCCCGAAACGCCGCCCAGCUCACCCCCGUCGGCCAACAAGACCGUUGUGGCUCCCAUCAGCGCCCCCCAAGUUGAGGCAGAUAGUGAUGAUGAUAUGCCCACCUUGGACCAAAUUUCGAGCUCCGCCUCUGCUCAAGCUGUCGAUAAGGGCAAAGGCAAAGCUAUCGACGUCCCUGAAAACCUGCUAUCUGAGACGGAGAAGGCGAAGAAGCGUUUUCGCGUGCGCCUUCCUAAUCUUAUCAAGACACUUGCUGCCGGCUCUGAUGAUGAACUUGAGAUUACCGCCACAGUUCAAGACAAGGUCAAGGCUGUCUUUGACAAUGUUCCCAUCAAGGCUGCUCAGGAGUCGCGCUCAUUGCAAGUGCUUCGUGCUCUUGCGCUUGUGCAAUCCCCAGACAGAAAUCAGAGCCGUGGAAGAAAACAGGUUGCGGGAAUGACACACAACCAACUCCAAGCCUCUCUUCAACAAAAGGCAAGAGAACAGGCCAAGCUUGAGCGAAACCGUCGACUGGAUCUUCUCAAGUCCAAAGGUGUUGUCAUCCAAACUAUGGAGGAGCGUGAGAAGCAAAUGGAAGAGGUGGAGGAUAUUGUGGGCAAGGCUCGUGCGGAGGUCCAGCGCCUCAUGGAGAAAGAGCGCGCAGCCGCCAAAAAGGAGCAGAAGGAGAACACCACCGCUGAUCCUCUUGCCUGGGACGACAGUGACGAUGAGUAUGAGGCUUCCGAAAAGGCAGAGGAAGUGGAAGAAGCUAUUGAGCUCUCCGGAUCGGAAGACGAGGAGGGUGAUGAUGCUGAUGAUGAGAGUGACGCGGCCAACCCCAUGUUCGAUGAUGAAGCUGAGGACUCUGACGGCCAGGAAGAAGCCGAGGCGAACGAUGACGAGGAUCUGGAUGAGGCUGCGGUGCUGACCCGUCGUGGACGUGCCAGAAAUGCUGCUGUAGUGCUCUCGGACGACGACGGUGAAGUUGAGAUCAAGGCCACACCCAAGCCAGUCAGGUCAACCAACCAGAUUUCACCUGCUACGGUAAACAACUACUCCCCCGCCGCGCCUGGCUCUGUUCUGCGAUCUGCCAAGAAGACUUUUAUCCCCGGUCUGCCCGUCGAGGGACCAGCUGGUCUUGGUCUGACCCAAAUCUUUGCCGGCACCAUGGACGACAGCCAGAUGGGCACCGCCAACGGUCCUACUCAGUCGAUGAUGCCCGACUUUGACCAGUUCCCCGACUCCAACUUGUCGGCAACCAUGGAUCCGCCCGAUGACAACAUCAUUAUGGAUUCGCAGCGUCCCGAGACGCAGCGUACUACUCAGGGAAUCUACCUCGACAUGUCUCAGUCGCAGAUGCACGGUCUUGACAGUCUCAUGCGGGACUACCUGGAUGAGUCGCAGAUUGAACUUUCCCAGGAUGGUGGCUUCCAAUCACAUACGCCCCUGAAGGAGCGCUUUGUUGAGCCGCCAUUCUCCACUGUAGCUACCGACAUUGCUGGCACCAUGGACGAAGAUCCCCAAGCCUCGCCACUGUUGCGCCGAGGCAAGCUUCGCUGCAAGGCCGAUGUUGAAAAGGCUCUCGAGCCUACCCAACCCAUCUCAACUGAAACCCCCCUCACUGCCCAAGAUGCCUUUGCCAAGCUCAAUCAACAGGCUAGGCGAAAGGAAAAGCGGCGCCUCACGGAUGCCUUCAACGCCAAAACCAGCAAGGCCAAGGGAAUGGUUGAGCAGGAAGCGAUGGAGUCCGAUGACGAGUACGCUGGCCUUGGUGGCGUCGACGCUGAAGAUUCUGAUAAUGAGUCGACCGCUUCCGUGCAGGAAAUGAUUGACGACGCCACGGCAAACGAUGUCGACGACAGCAAGCUGGCUGCUUUCUAUGCUGACCGAGCUCGUGCCGAGGAUGAGCAGCAGGUUGAGAAAUUAUUCAAGGACAUUACCACGGGUAUGCUGCGCCGUAAGCGCGGCGCCGACUAUGACCUGUCCGACUCUGACGACGAUGGGGAGGCGCGCCGACGCAUGAAGCGCCGCCAGUUUGCCAAGAUGCAAAAGGCGCUCUACUCAGACGAGCGUGUCAAGAAGAUGGCCGAGAACCCCGGUAAUAUGGCUUUCCUGCGCACCAUGGAGGACCAAGGCAGCGAUGACGAGAUGGACAUUCUCGAGAUUAUGGAGUCGCCUUCCCAGCGCGACUCAUCACAAUCUCCUGCUCCCGAAUCACAGAAGGCUGCGCCGCAGACGAUCCCCGACAGCCAACCGCUCGCUCGUCAGGCGCUCGCCACCGCCACCGCCGCCGACAGCAGCGAGAAUAAUCGCGCGCCCGCCCACAUGCGCAGGACCAAGACGGCGAGGAAGCCCUCCAACAUUGGCGAGGUCCGCGAGACGCUGUCCAACCUGCUCGAAGAGCCCGACGCCUCGUUGAUACCAGCAACCGAGGCCGGCUCCGACAGCGAGGACGAAGCCAGUGCACCGCGCAGCAGCGACAAGGAGAACCGCGCCCCGCGACGCACACCCGCCAGCAUCAUUGACCGCAUCACCCUCAAGAGAGGCAACUCGCACGCGUCCAGCAGCACCGGCCGCGUUGCGUUUACCUCGGUCGCCUCGGCGUCCAGCGCCAGCUUCAAGGUGCCGGCGCUGCUGCGCCGCGCCACGACCAACUCGUCCAUUCUGUCGACGGGCGGCGGCAGCGCGGCGAGCAGCAGCAGCCGCGGAAGCGCCGGCUUCGGCGAUGAAAAUAUCAAAAAGACGGCCGGCAAGCGCAGUGGCGUCAGCAGCCGCGCCGUGCCCGGCACCAGCGAGUGCCACACGCGCAUUCAGGAGAAGGAGCGCCGCCGCGAGGAGAAGAAGAUGAAGGGCGCGGAGAAGAGACUCGGAGUGGUGGGAGGAUUACUGGGCCGCGGGUCAUUUGCAUGA